CCUAGUGAGUGGUAACCGGUAGGUACCCCAAUUUCAUGUUCAUUGAUAACAUCGGGGUUCGCGUUACCAUGUCCUUCGACUCGACACGGAUUCCAAUAUAGGUAUGUGUAAAUAGUAAGCAUGGGUAUCGAUCGGGCGUCAUCGAAUCAAAUGCAUCGCAAACUAAAUAAUGAACGCUCGACGCGCGGCCAGGCGACUCAACGACUAAACUAAAAAUCCAUAUUUUAGUGGAGGGCGCUAAGUCGCGUUAGCGUGGAGGGUGCAGCGGGCGCGGGGCCGGCGCGGCGCGCGUGCGCGGGCAGCGCGCAGGCGCGCGGGCGGGGCCAUCGUGACAUCACGCGGCUGGCGGCGCCGCCACGAGCCCGCCACCACCAGCCCGAGCCUGCGACCACGGCGCCGCCGCCGCCUGGGGCUCCCGAGACCGGCAGCUGCACUCACUCGCCUUCCCGGUCACACACUUUACACACAGUGACGCGUUGCACGUUUCCGUUCGACCACCGUGAAGGUACAAUGUACCAGUGUUCAGAUUAUGUGCGUCCAUUGGAUUUGGUCGACAGCUGUUCGCUUUACAUAAGCGGAUUUACAUAAGCUUGCCGAAACGCCCGAGCUGGUAUGUUAAGUCGGUUGAAAACGUGUUCUAAUCGGCGUCAGAUAGAUGAGUGAGAGACAAAAUCAGGAAUGCAGUGUUCGGAAGUUGUUGCUCGAAACGUGAAGUGAUUGUUAAGUCGCAAGUGUUCGCUGUGUGCAGGUGAUAUUAACACACAGGGUGACAGUUAGUGUUCCUAGUGUGACGGAUAUGGUGUAGCGCAUGGAAGGCGCGCCGGCGCCGGCGCCGGGCCCGCGCCAGUCUCGUCGCGGGCCCGCGCCAUUUGCCUCCUUCGACCACGACGUCUCUGACGAGGUGAGGCAGGCAUCAAGCCCUGAAUCGAAGCCGACGUUCCAAUUGCCUGAAAUCGUUGAGGACACGGCCGCUUCUCCUGGCGGGACCCUCGCGCCCCCGGAGCAGCGCGCGCGUUCGCACUCGUCGCCGGCCGUAGCGGGAGCAUUGGGCGCCGCGCCACGCAUCGACAUCUCCCGCGCCUCUAGCUCCAGCCACCACGACUCACGAGAUUCGUCGCCCGAGAUGGCACUGUUCGCGGGCACUGCCGAAGACGCCGAUACGCGUGGUCGUCUCGAUAUCGGCUUUCGCGAGGACGGUGCGGCCGAACUGCGCUCGUCUACCGAGGAGCUCGCAUUUUUAGAAGGCGCCCCCGGAGAACCUAACCGCACACAACAACCGCAACCGCCGCCGCUGCCGCCGCCUAACACAUCCGUAUCGCGUCGCCACUCGCGUAAGGACAGCCAAGGCUCGGAGGCCGCCCUCCUCGCGGUGUCCGGCCGAACGAGCCGCCUGUCGAGCGUGGGCUCGCAGUGCUCGGCCCACUCGGCUCUUUCCGGCUUCAGCGCAUCGCGCGUGUCCCGUCUCUCUGUCGUCUCGGGUAUGUCACGGUCCCCUUCGCCACACAAAAUGCUCCUCGAGACGUCCUUCUGCGGGCCGAAGCCAAUAGAGACCGAUCCUGAAAUUUGCGCCGCCGCUGUUGAAGAGCGGCUCCUGGAGUUAGUGCGUGCGACUGACCCCGCGCCUGCACCCGCGCCCGCCAACACACGUGACCGCCGCGAGGUGCGCACCGAGGUCACCGUCGAAAGCACAAGCACCAGGCCUGCUGCUCCGCGCACACCCGCACCCACGCCCGUGCCCACGAAGCCUGUGGCUACAGAACCUGCGGUAGUCGUUGCAAUCACCCCCGCCGAAGAAAAGCGGCAAAAGGAAACCAGAAACCAAGCUCGGGCGGGGCGCUCAAAAGAGCGCUCGUCCGAACCCGAGGUGUACAAGAAUAGAAAUCGCUCCAAGGAUAUUAUCAGAAUAAAGCUCAAACCAGAUUCUGAUUAUGAGGAUGAUGAUGAUGAGAGUGAGCACACGUUAGUGGCGGGCGAGGCGCGUAAACCGGCUACACUGGAGCUAGCCGCAGGGCGCGCGAGUCCCUCGCCCCAGCGGCGAUCUCCCUCGCCCGCCGGCGGCCCCACGUCGCGAAAAUCCUCCUUCUGCUCACUGUUCAAGUCGCGUGAGACUAUCGCUUCGCCGGAUUCGCCGUCGGGGCUGCGACGCAAGAAAAGCCUCACGGAAGGCCGCUCUCGCAGCAAGAGCCGAGAUCGAGACCGAGAUCGUUCGGCGACUCCUUCGUCCGCCGGCAAGCUGCGUGGCUCUGUGCUGUCGUUGUUUAAAACACCACGCCGCAGUGGCGCGUCGCCAUCGCCAGGUUCUCGCACCGGUUCGCGUGCCUCCUCACCUGGGCCAGCGUGCGUGCCACCACCUGAUCGCUCGCGCCGCAGUUCCGAGAAACUAAAGUACUAUGAAGAUGGCGGCGUUAUUCACAUCCCGCUGCGAACGCCGCCAGAUGAACGGCCCAGCUCGAGCGCUCGCCGACCAGGCUCGGAGCCAGAGGCACGCGUGGAGAUUCUAUCGGAGCCGGCGCGGCCUGCCUCGGCCCCACACCCGCGUGAGCGCCCCGAACCACUCCCAUCCGUAUCCUCCGUUCACGCGCAAAAACCCGUCCACCGCACGGUCCUGCCCGACGGCAGUAUCAUCAUUCCGCUGCACUCCCCUACUGAACGGACGGCCCCAAGCGACCCGGAGCCAUCCGUCACGACAACAGCGCCUGCACCCGCGCCGGACUCCGAUACGGUAACCCCAGAUUCGCGCCGCAGUGUCGCCUCCUCCGAGUCGCGGCGCAGCGUAGUAACGCCUGACUCACGAGUCGGCACCACUUCGGAGUCAAAACAUGUAGACGAUAGCAGAAAUGGUGACAUGCGGACAUCAAGUUCGGACGAGGGACGAGUGGAGGUAGCCCCUGAGACGGCGCCGACGGCUGAGCGUCGUAAACAAAAGCUCGUGUUCACCACGCACGUUGGCAGCCGCGAGCAGGUAUUCAGCACACAAUUCAGCAUCACCAAGACGCCGAGCGUCACUAGUGAGAUAUCCGAGUCACUACCCAGUUUUGAGCCGAGCCUGCCCGAGGACCAUCCGCCGCUGCUACGUGACACGCACAUUACAUGCGUUGAGCCGGCGCCUUGCCCCGCAGCUCCAGCGCCCGUCGUGAAGUCCCCGCCCGGGAGUGAUGCAGAGCGUGCAUCGGUCGGUUCGCGGCGGUCGCUCGCUGAAACCCGCUCGCCUACGCGCGGUUCUUCCGACUCGGAGGGCAGUUCGGAAGCAACACCGGCGCGCGGCGGCAGCGACGUGGAACAGCGAGGUCUAGUCGUCCAGGAGUCUUUUGAAGACGAGUUGCCUUACGUGCCGACCACGCUGCCACUGGAGCGUUCGCUGGCGCUGCCCAUGGUCCCGGUCCGCGAGCGAGGCUCACGGGUGACGACAGCGGGUACGCGGCGACCGCGCGCGCCUCCCGCGCCGCGCAUGCCGGCUCCUCCUCCGCCGCCGCCGACGCCCGCAGCGCCGACAGGCGAGAAGCUACGCAUCAAGCUACCUCGCCGCCCGCGUACUGCUUCUGCAAGUGGUCCGCCGCGCCCGGAACGGCCCAGAACAAGGAGCGGAGGAGACGGUCCGCCAGAGUCCCGCGCGAAGCCGGAAUGGAUCGACUUCGAAGAAGUCCCAGAGCGGCGCAAACAGCCGAAGCGGAUCCAAACACUGCCAGCUGCGGCCGCGUCGGAGGCGCGCGACUUGGUUUUCAACUACGUCGAGCCCGAGGAGUGCCGGUGCGAAUGCCAUGCCAACGCGCGCCAGGAUGACGAGUUGCCGUUGCUCACGGGGCCUUCUGACUCGCAAGAACUCGACCUCAGUUCGCCAGAAGGCUGUUCAGUAGAGCUGCGGGUAGCAGCGCGGCCGUUUGUGGCAGACUUCGAUCUGCGCGCGCCUGACGUCGAUCCACCGCCCAUUGACGCACCAGCGCGGCCCACCUCGCGGCGCCACUGACGCGCGGCCCGCACUCGCGGCUCGUUGCUCACCGCCCGCUAGGGGGCCUCCUUCUAGCCCUUAAAGAGUUUUAUACUUAUAAUAAUAAAGCCUAGACGAGCAAUGAAUCCAGUUUAACUUUGCCAUGUGAUUGAAGUCUGAACUCUAUCAGACAUCUCAAAUUCAGAGCCGGUUCGUUCAUAAAGC